AUGCAGGCGGGCGCGCAAGUUGACCGGCGCCGACUCUCUGCUGUGCAGGCCGUAACCGACAGGAUUAACGGUGUGGCUGCGGCGGAACUACGUGGCGCAACGACAUUGGUGAGGCUUUUUUCUGCAUGUAUCGCUCCAGAUAGCCUGGCUGCUCUGGUUGCAAACAGAGGCUCAGUCGCCACAAUGGCACUCGCUGCAAAGCAGAAUGCUGCCAACGACAUCACGGCGCCCGGCGUGGCCUUCUGCUCUGCCGCAGCCUAG